AUGUGGGGCCAGGGUCCCUUUUCUAGAGCGGCGGUGGCGGAGAGUGUGAGUUUUCCAGGAAUUGUCCAAAUGGAUGAAGACACACAUUACAAUAAAGUUGAAGAUGUGGUUGGAAGUCAUGUGGAAGAUGCGGUAACAUUUUGGGCCCAGAGUAUUGAUCGAAAUAAGGAUAUUGUGAAGAUUGGUUUUUCACUGUCUGAAGCUUGUCCACAUGCUAAUUCAGUUUUUGGGAAUCUUGACCCAAAGAAGAUUUAUGGUGGAUUAUUUUCAGAAGAUAAGUGUUGGUACAGAUGCAAAGUACUGAAAGUCAUCAGUGAUGAAAAGUGUCUGGUGAGGUACAUUGAUUAUGGAAACACUGAAAUACUGAAUAGAUCUGAUAUAGUUGAGAUUCCUUCAGAGCUGCAGUUUUCUAGUGUUGCCAAAAAGUAUAGACUUUGGGGACUACAGAUUCCUUCUGGCCAAGAAGUUACCCAGUUUGAUCAGGGAAGAACCUUUUUGGGGAGCUUGAUUUUUGAAAAAGAAAUUAAAAUGAGGAUCAAAGCAACCUCUCAGGAUGGAACGGUCAUUGCUCAGGCUGAGUAUGGCAGCGUGGAUAUAGGGGAAGAGGUGGCUAAGAAGGGAUUUGCAGAAAAAUGCAAACUCACCUCCAGCACUAACAUCUGUGAAGAAAAAAAGUCAGAUCCUGCUCAGCUUGCACUAAGGAACCUCAAAAGCCCCAUUCCGUUAUGGGGGCAUAGAUCAAACCAGUCAAACUUCAGCAGGCCAAAGCCACGCUUAAGUGGGAGGCUGACAGUUGACUUGAAGAAUGAAAGUGAUGCGGGAAACCACGUGACAUUUCCAAAGGAAAGUUUGCCUGUUGGUGACUUUAAGUUAGGGUCUAAUGUCAGCCUGGCAAAAAUUAAACAGGAUCAGAAACUGAUUGAAGAAAAUGAAAAGCUUAAGACAGAGAAGGAGGUUCUUCUUGAAAGUUACAAGGCGUUAGAAUCUAAAGUAGAGCAGACUGCCCAGGAGCUGCAGCAAGAGAAAGCAAAUACCAUGGAUUUGACAAAACAUUUAGAGAGUACUUUAAAGACUCGUAUAGGUACCAGAAUGAAAAAUCUGGCAGCAAAGGUGGAAAUACUGAAAGAAAUUAGGCGUGUCAACAUUAAUGUUCGUUUUGGAGAUGACCUUUCAGAAGCUAUGCAGGUGUUGGAUGAGGGGUGCUUUACUACCCUACCUUCUAUGAAUGAAUUAGAGAUCCUUUGGGCAGAAUACAAUCUAGCUCAGGAGAAGAUUCAAACCUGUGGUAAUGUGACUGAAAGCAAUAUUUUGAUUGCCGAAAGAAAUGAAGUGCAACAGAAGCUAUACAUGGCAGUAGAAGUUUUUAUUCUGGAAGUAGAUGAGUUACCUCUUAAUAAACGUUUAAAAACCUUGAAGGAUUUGUCAGCCUCUUUAGAAGCAGUGUAUGGACCAGCCAAAGAAGGAACACACUCUGAGGAUAUCCUUAGAAAAUUUUAUGACUGGAAGUGUGAUAAACGAGAGGAGUUCACCAAAAUUAGAAGUGAGACAGAGGCUUCUCUGCAGCGUCUCGUAGCGUGGUUCCAGAGCAGCUUAAAGGUUUUUGAUCUCUCUGUGGAAGAACCAGCAAGCUCUGAUGAUACAGUUGGUAAUAUUGAUGAGGUCCUAGAGAAGACCGAGUCCUGUCUCUGCAAAGAGCUGGAGGUGUCUCUGAUUGAGCAAGGUGAUACAGACAAGGAGAUCAUUUUAGAUACAUACGGUCAGGUGCUACAGAAGAUCCGUUCAGAGGAAAGGCUCAUUGCCUCAGUACAAGCCAAGUACAAGGACAGUGUUGAGUUUAAAAAGCAGGUUAUUGAAUGUCUAAAUAAGAGUCCCAGUGUGGAUCACUUGUUGUCAAUUAAGAAGACAUUGAAAGGCCUGAAAGCUCGACUGAGGUGGAAAUUGGUUGAAAAGAGUAAUUUGGAAGAGUCUGAUGACCAUGAUGGAUCUGAAAUUGAGAAAAUAAAACGAGAAGUAAUUCAAUUGCGCAACAGUGUUUUUCAGGAAAUUUAUCAUGAGAGGGAAGAGUAUGAGAAACUGAAUAGCUUGGCACAAAAAUGGUUUCCUGAACUGCCUCUGCUUCAUCCUGAAAUAGGAUUACUUAAGUACAUGAACUCUGGAGGUCUUCUUACUAUGAGCUUGGAACGUGAUCUUCUUGAUGCUGAACCAAUGAAGGAACUUAGCAGCAAGCGUCCUUUGGUGUGCUCUGAGAUUAAUGGGCAGGUGAUUCUUUUAAAGGGCUAUUCUGUGGAUGUUGACACAGAAGCCAGGGUGAUUCGGAGAGCAGCCACCUACCACAGAGCCUGGAGAGAUGCUAAAGAGGAGUCCGGGCUGCUGCCCCUGAAAUUCUUGUUCUUGUGUAAGUCAGAUCCUAUGGCGUAUCUGGUGGUUCCAUACUAUCCUCGGACAAACCUGAGUGCUGUUCAGGCUAGCAUGCCUUUAACUUCAGAUGAAGCAUUAAAGGUCAUGAAAGGCGUUGCCCAGGGCCUCCACACAUUGCACAAGGCUGACAUAAUUCAUGGAUCACUUCAUCAGAACAAUGUGUUUGCUCUAAACCGUGAGCAAGGAAUUGUUGGAGAUUUUGACUUCACCAAAUCUGUGAGUCAGCGUGCCUCAGUGAACAUGAUGGUUGGUGACUUGAGUUUGAUGUCACCUGAACUGAAAAUGGGAAAACCUCCUUCUGCAAGUUCAGAUUUGUAUGCUUAUGGCUGCCUUUUAUUGUGGCUUUCUGUUCAAAACCAGGAAUUUGAAACAAAUGAAGAUGGAAUCCCAAAAGUGGAUCAGUUUCAUUUGGAUGAUAAUGUCAAGUCCCUCCUCCGUAGCUUGAUUUAUUGUAGAAGUUCAAUGACUGCUGAGCACGUUUUGAAUGCUGAAUGUUUCUUGCUACCUAAGGAGAAAUCCAUUUCAAAUGCAGAAAAAGAUGCUGAAUAUACCCAAUAUAAAAAGGAGGAAGAAUUAAAAGUGGAGAACUUGGACAAAUAUAAGGAAAAGACAAGAAAUGGUGAAGCCAAUUUUGAUUGA